GGCAGCUAUCGAUGUUUCUCCACCUCUACCAGCCAAGCCAAAACAGUGACAAUUUUUUCGUAAAAUUCAGAAAUCAAAUUGACGUUCAUUUGGGAGCCAGAUAUUUGUGAAUUUUCGGUGACUUUUUGCUGUACGAAUACGGCAUAACUGUGGCCCUACAGUCGAUCCAGUUUUUAAGGAUCCUCUGGCGAAGUCAUCAGCGGCUCCAGCUGCAACAACAACUCGUGCAUAGCUCAUCCAGCGGCGGUUUAUUGGCGGAAAAGCAUAUUCGGCAUCGGAGCACCCCGGAUUCAUUGGUUUCAGCGCAAGAACCGGCUGAUUGUGGUCACAUCAUGAGUGGCAGGUAUCGUGGUGGCGGUGGCGGCGGCGGCAGAUUCGGAGGACGUGGUGGCGGUGGCGGUGGUGGUGGUGGUGGUGUCUAUGGAGGAGGAGAUGGCGGUGGCUACAGCGACUUCGACAACUACCGCGGUGGCGGGGGCGGAGGACCCGCAUUCAAUGACAACUUCGGACCUGGUCCAGGGCCAAAUCCAUUUAACAUGGGUGGUCCCAACAUAUCCGGCAACGAUCUGAUGCAGCUGAUGAGCGCCAUGGCCAGCAACUUCAACAUGAACUCGCAACCCCCGCAGCCGAUGCGCCAGAGUUGCGGCGAGUUGCGCAACCACCAUUGCGGAUUAUUUGUGGAGCUGACCGGCAGGCUGAUCAAGAAGCGAGUUAAUCGCUUUGCAGAGCUGCGCGAUCGCAACGGCGGAGCCUGCCAGCUAGUGGUUCUGGAGGACAAGCAUCCGCGAGUGGCGCGUCGCAUGAACAACAUGCCCGAGAACACCACCCUGACCAUUGUGGGUCUGGUGAUGCGUCGUCCGCACAAUUCGUGCAAUCAGACCAUGCCGACGGGCGAGAUUGAAGUAGAGGUGCAGGACAUCCUCAACAUUCACUUCCCCACCAGCGGAACUAAGCGAGCUGGUGACAAGCGCACCUACAGCACCAUGGUGCAGCAGCAGACUAACCUUGGGAUAACCAGCACCGAAUACAAGAUAGCCAAGAACGAGAAUAUCUUAAAGUACUUUGAGAACCGCGAUCUCACCUGCAACGAUCUGCGUCGCGAAGAUGUGGGCAAGACGGUGACCCUGGUGGGUUGGAUUCCCUCUACAAAGAAUAACAAAUUUCUACAGCUUAAGGAUGGCUAUGGCCAGACACAACUCAUGAUCGAGGAUCAGUCGCUUAGCGACACCUUCCUAUCGACACCAGAGCAGACUGUAAUUCAGAUAGUGGGCAAAGUUUUGGGCAGACCCAAAGCCAAUAUUAAUUUGAAAUACGAUACUGGUGAGGUGGAAGUUAGUGUGACAAGCGUGAAGAUCGUGAACCCAGACGAUCCCUACGACGGUCCCAUCAAGGCCAAGGAGAAGCAGCAGAAGCUGUCAAUCGAUGAUCUGGAGGCUGAAGAGGCUGCCGCCGAAGCCUCGGGCAAUCUCAGCAGCAAUAAUGGAGAAUCCAAGGAAGAUGGAGCGGAUGCAGAUCCAACUGCUAAUAGCUCCAAUACUCUGGAGCAACGAGUCAAGGUGGCGGAUACAAACAAGUUUGCCGAUCGCACACACAACUGCGGUGAACUAACCUCCAAUGAGAUCAACGAGAAAGUAGUUAUAUGCGGCUGGUUAGAGUUCCAGCGCAUGAACAAGUUCUUUAUACUUCGGGAUGCUUAUGGACAAACUCAGGUUCUGUUGUUGCCCAAAACAGUGGGUCUAGAGGAUUAUGUGGAAACGGGCGUGCCCAUUGAAUCGAUUGUGCGUGUGGAAGGUACAGUGAUACCUCGCCCAGCGGCCACCAUAAAUCCCAAAAUGCAAACUGGACAUGUUGAGGUGGAAGCAGAUAGGGUGACUGUUCUUAACCCAGCUAAGAAAAAUCUUCCGUUUGAGAUUCGGAAGUUCAAUCGCGCUGGCGAACGCUUGAGACUCACUCAUCGGUAUCUGGAUCUGCGCUUUACUGACAUGCAGCACAAUCUUCGCCUCCGCUCGUCUGUUAUUAUGAAAAUGCGAGAGUAUCUGAUCAACUAUUUGGGUUUCGUUGAGGUGGAGACACCGACCCUCUUCAGAAGGACUCCCGGCGGAGCCCAAGAGUUUGUGGUACCCACUCGUAAGGCAGGACACUUUUAUUCGCUCGUACAGAGUCCGCAGCAAUUCAAGCAGAUGUUGAUGUCCGGAGGAGUAGACAGAUACUUCCAGGUGGCUCGUUGCUACAGGGAUGAAGCAACGCGUCCAGAUCGUCAGCCAGAGUUCACUCAAUUGGAUAUUGAGCUGUCCUUUACCAGCAGGGAUGACAUUAUGCAACUUAUUGAGGAGACACUCCGCUAUUCGUGGCCCAAAGAUUUUCUUCGGCUGCAAACACCUUUCCGUCGUAUUACGUACGAGGAGGCACUCGAAAAGUACGGUUGUGACAAACCGGACACUCGGUUCGGUUUUCUUCUAAACAAUAUCUCGGAAAUCAUUGAAAAGAGCGGCGAUUUCAAGGAAAAGUACGAGGAUUUCGGCGCGUAUGCCAUCGUGGUGCGAGCCAGUGAAGCCUUUUGGAAUGGAACUGCCCGGAAGCAUUACGAAGGUCUCGGUAAGGAAUUUAAGGGCACGUUGUUCGUACGUAAAUUCGGCCCAACGAAGGAUGUGCAAGACAAGCUCGGCAACCUGCUGGGCGAGGAAGUUGCCACCGAGGUAGCCGAGAAGUUUGAUCUCGAGGAGAACGAUCUGCUCUUCCUGGGCAUUGGACCGAAAGUGGAAACUCGCACUUUGUUGGGUCGCAUCCGACUGGACUAUCACGAAUUUUUGAUCGAGAACGCUAAAAUUAAGAAGCCGAAUGACUUCCGCUUCCUGUGGGUGAUCGACUUCCCGCUGUUCGAGCGAAACCGUGAGACGAACCAGUUGGAGAGCGUUCAUCAUCCGUUUACCCUACCACACAGCGAUGAUCUCGACAACUUUGCAACGAGCUGCGAAAACAUGGAGAACAUACGCUCCCAGGCUUACGAUUUGGUCCUGAACGGCCAGGAAGUCGGAGGCGGUUCCAUCCGAAUUCACGAUCGUGACAUGCAGCACUUCAUACUUGAACAGAUCCUAAAGAUUCCACAUGAUCAUUUGUCGCACUUGCUCAGCGCAUUGGAGUCUGGAUGCCCGCCCCAUGGUGGCAUUGCCUUGGGUUUGGAUCGCCUGAUUGCCAUUCUAUGUCGCGCCCGAUCAAUUCGUGAUGUGAUUGCAUUCCCCAAGUCACUUAAUGGGCGUGAUCCGCUCUCGAAUGCUCCGGUUCCCAUUUCCGAGGAGGAGAUGAAGCUGUACCACCUUUCGGUGACAGAAGAUGAGGAGUCCAGCACAAACAACACGUCACACGAACAGGAGGACGACGAUCCCGACCAAGAGCGUGCUCCUCCAUCUCCGAUGUCGGCGACCAGCGACUCUGAGCAGCCGGAAAUGGAGGUGGAUAUCAAGGCUGAGCCUGAAGAAGAAGUGAAACCCGAACCAGUAAAAGAGCCAGUCAAGCCGCCAACUAAAGCGGCAGUUAAAGCAGCUCCCGCCGCAGAAGUACCCCCACCCGAAGAGCCCGUUUCACCGGUGGCUGCUACGCCGUCCAGAGUCAGGCGGGUCGUAAAGAAGAAGGUCUAGAGCGGGGGCUUAUUAACAUUACGGAUAACGGAUUAGCAUUUUACUUGUAAGCUCAGUAGUCAGGACGGAGGAUGGCAGCUGGCGGACUAAAAAAGUCAGCCAUACAGCAAACACAGCGGUCGGGUCGAAAUGGCAAAAAACCCUUUUAUACACACAGUUGUACACCAUAAAGGAUAAUAUAUGUACCCACCCCGGAUCUUCUCAACGGAUUUCAAUACCAGAACAUAGAGCCCUAGGACAAACUAAUUAUACACUCACAUCCCGACCCGGCUGUCCACAUUCUGCAAGUCCAUUUCUAAUUAUAAUGGCAACAAAUUUACUACAAUUUACAAAAUAUACAAACCAGCUAUUGUAUUCGGAAUUGUUUAAUUAUACGAUGCUUGAGUUACAGUUUUCACUGUGUUUCCAAA